GCGAGAGAGGCGACCGUUCGCGCCGCCAAUGGAGUUCGAGAAGCGAAAGGCGGCAGCGAUGGCGGCGCUGUCGGCGGCGGGGCCCGACAAGUCGCCGAAGGGCGGCGUGGACGCGGCGAUCGCCCCCCUCCUCGCCGCCAUCAACCGCCACCCGGCCCUCUUCACCACCAGCUCCUGCUCCGGCCGCAUCUCCAUCCUCUCCCACCCCAUCCCUAACCCUUACCCUAACCCUAACCCUGACCCCGACGGCGCGAAGGAGAAGACGACGAAGAAGAAGAAGACGAAGGCCGGGGGUGGUGGAUGGGUCUUCGUCUCCCACGACCCCGCCGACCCCGAUGCGGUGGUUGAUAUCCUGUUCACAAACCCUAGCGUCGAGGGUGGAGGAGGAGGAGGAGGAAGAGAUCUUGUGCUUAGGUUUGAGCCCUUGAUCAUUGCUGUUGAUUGCCGCGACGUUGCUGCAGCGCAAUCGCUCGUCGCCGCCGCUAUCUCCGCCGGGUUUCGAGAGUCCGGUAUAACAAGCCUACAGAAACGUAUAAUGGUUGCCAUACGGUGUUCCAUACGUUUGGAGGUGCCGCUAGGGCAGGUCGGAUCAUUGGUGGUGUCGCCUGAGUAUGUCCGAUACCUCGUCCAGAUCGCGAAUGAUAAAAUGGAGGCAAACAAGAAAAGAACAGACGGUUUUCUUGCUCUUUUGCAAUCUAAGGGUCUCCCAGAAUCAACGACUAAGAUGCCUGAUAUGAAUACAGCAUGUGAGACUCAGUCGGUUAAAGGUGGUUCUGCGUCUACUCGAUAUUCUGGAGAUUACAGAGAUGAUGGCCUUUUUCACAAGAAUGCACUGAGAGAAUCAAAUUGUUUAGACGAUGGGGAAGUAGCAUGUUCGGAGGUUGAUAGAAGUCAUGUUUCAGAGUCUUCAGACAUCCACAAUUGCUCUCUCGAAGUUGCCUUGCUGAAGAUUGUUGACAAGCCAGUUGAGAAGCUCUUCUUGUGGGGCCAAUCAGCUUGUGUACUAAACAACAGAGAGAAACAAGUUUUAAUAUUUGGUGGUUUUGGUGGCUUAGGCCGGCAUGCACGAAGGAACUACACAUUAGCGCUUGAUGCUCAAUCUGGAUUACUAAGAGAGAUGGAUGCUAAGGGAUUACCAACUCCUCGUUUGGGCCAUUCAGCUGCAGUUAUUGGGACUAAUAUGUAUGUUAUCGGAGGAAGAACUGGCCCAUCACAAGUGCUAAAUGAUGUUUGGGUUCUGCAGACUACUGAAAGUAGAUGGUCACAACUAGAAUGCACUGGGGAUUCAUUCAAUCCCAGGCAUCGACAUGCUGCUGUGGCUGUAGGCUCAAAUAUAUAUGUAUUUGGAGGACUUAGUAAUGAAGUGAUCUAUUCCUCCAUGACUGUCCUCAACACUGAAACUCUACAUUGGAGCGAGAUUCCUGUGGAAGGUGAAUGGCCAUGUGCUCGCCAUUCACAUUGUAUGGUGGCUAAUGGUUCGCAAUUGUUUAUGUUUGGAGGUCAUGAUGGUGAAAAAGCACUUAGUGAUCUCUACAGUUUCGAUAUUACAACCCAGCAGUGGAAAAUCGAACGGUUCUCUGGAAAAGUUCCCUCUCCAAGAUUUUCACAUUCGAUGUUUGUUUAUAAAGAUUAUAUUGGGAUAAUAGGCGGAUGUCCUUUUGUACAACAUUGUCGUGAGCUGGCUUUACUGAACCUAAAUCACCGUGUCUGGAGAAAAGUUGAUAUUGUCUCUAUAAGUGAAAACAUCUGGGUUCGUAGUUCAGCUGUUGUGGUUGACGAUGACCUUAUUAUUGUUGGUGGUGGAGCAUCAUGCUAUGCAUUUGGGACAAAGUUUAACCAACCAACAAAAAUUAGUCUGCAUUUAUUAGAGUCUUUGUGUGAUCCCAAUUUUAAUAAGGAAAAUAAAUCGGUGGGAAUAUUGUCUAAGGAUCCUAAUUUAAGUCAUAUAACGGACAUUUCUGCUAACGGACAUAGUAAUGUCACAGAUUCUGAACAUCGUGUUUUACAGCUUGAAAAAAAUUAUGCCAAAUUAGCGAAAGAUGUAUUGAAAAAAUUUGGAUGGUUGGAUCUUACUAGGAAAGUUGUACCGAGCCAAGAUGGUGGUUUUAUCCGUUUUCCAAUCAAUAAAACCUUCCAUGCCUUAUUUUUGGAUGAGCAACGUAAGCCAGUAAAUGAUUUUGAUAAUUUGGAUCAACUUCAUCAGCUUGGACUGGUGUUAGGAAAAGAAUUUAAAGUAGAUGAUCAUUCUCGUUGUAGAGCAUUGAAGGUUUUGUUGUUGUGUGGUGGUGGCAUACUAAAUGACGAUGUGCCUUGCAGCAGACAGGUUUCUAAAUCUCCUCAAAGCAUUAUGAGAGAAUCAAUACAUGAUCUAUUGAGAAGAAAAGGGAUGGCUAUUCAGCUUUUGGUGCAGCUGCCCACAAGGUGGGAGCAUCUUGGGGAUAUUGUGGUUCUUCCAAAGACAUCUUUCAGGGAUCCUUUGUGGGACUCCAUGGGGGAUGAACUUUGGCCCUUAGUUGCAAAAUCGCUUGGUGCUCAGCGGCUGGCUCGCCAAGGGAGAAUCUUGCCUACUGGGACUAGAGACAGCACAUUAGAGCUUCUGGUUGGAGAUAAUGGCUGGGUUACUCAUCACGAAAAUGGGAUUCUUUAUUCAUUUGAUGCCACGAAAUGCAUGUUUUCUUCUGGAAACCGUUCGGAGAAGCUUCGCAUGGCUCGACUUUAUUGUGAGAACGAGACAGUUGUGGAUCUCUUUGCUGGUAUCGGAUAUUUCGUGCUUCCAUUUCUUGUUAAGGCUAAUGCAAAAUUUGUUUAUGCCUGUGAGUGGAACCCCCAUGCUUUAGCGGCUCUUAAACAUAACAUUCAUGCCAAUUCUGUGGCAGAUCGGUGUGUCAUACUGGAAGGAGAUAAUCGUCUCACAGCACCCCAAGGAGUUGCUGACCGUGUUUGCCUUGGUCUCCUACCGUCAAGUGAGUGCAGCUGGGCUACUGCUGUUAGGGCUUUAAGGGCUGUAGGUGGUGUAUUGCAUAUACACGGGAAUGUAAAUGAUUCCGAAGAGAACUCGUGGUUAGACUAUGUUGUCCAAUCAAUCCAAAGCAUUUCAGAGUCUGAAGGUUUAUCUUGGGACAUUUCGAUAGAACACGUAGAGCGCAUAAAAUGGUAUGGGCCGCACAUUCGCCACCUUGUUGCCGAUGUCAGGUGUAAGCAAUUGUAGAACCAUCAGGUUUUGUUAGCUAUAUGUGUUAGAGUAAAUUACAGGUUGGUCGGUGGAGUGGUAUUUGAAGUUAUUGGAAAAUUUGCGAGCUUGAUUUCCACCGAAAUGAAAAACUUUCAGGUGCUUUCAUGUGCGGAUGAUCUCUGUUUUACCUGCUGCACUGCUUCAGAACCUCUGUAACUAUUCUGAUCACUCAUUUGAGACGCUUAAUACAUGUUGUAUGAACUCUCUUUUGCAUAAUGAAACUUUUCUUUGGCAUUGAGAUCUAAA